GUAUCGUAUCAAGUUAUGAAUAAUAUAGUUCGGCGAGACACUGAAAUCUUCAUCGCAGACAUUGAUAUAAGAACUUCGUUAUCAGCAUUAGCUCUUGAAUCGAGUGUUCAAACAUCAUUUAUUAAAAUCGUGAGAUGUAUUGUGUAUAGCAUAAAUUACUCCAUCGGUUUAUAUACUAUUGACGAAGAACAGAAAAGCCAGUACUCUCGACGAGUUCGUGCGAACCAGAUUCGUUAUAUUUUCUCUAGCAUGGAGAACUUUCAUUUCCUUGUUUUCCUAGGACUGAUGGGUUUCACCCUGUCACAGUCCUUAAAUGGGCAGCCAGAUGUUAAUACCAUUUUCAUCCGAUAUUACGGGAAUUACUCGAAUAGCGAUAUUAACAUACAGGAUACGGAUACCUUGAUGAAUUACUUCAAAUUGAGCGGAUGUUUUGUAUUAUACAUUCAUGGGUAUUCGGAAAGCGUGAAUAGCGAAAGUGUCAAUACAAUAGCAGCUGCUUAUUUGAAUUAUACAAAUACAACUCUCUUCGCAGUCGAUUAUAGUAAGUUCGUACAAGGUGAUUAUUUGUCCGCACUGUCAGCUGUUGACAUUGUUGCUGGUGCCCUAGCUAGUACUAUCAAUAAAUUGUAUAAUGCUGGUGUCGAUCAGUUGAAGUGUAUGCAUAUUGUUGGGCAUUCUUUGGGUGGACAAGUUAGUGGCCGUACAGCAGAGCGUUUACGUUUUCUUCCUAACAGGAUAACAGGUUUAGAUCCCGCUGGUCCCUUAUACUUCUCAAACUACUUAAAUGCCAGUAUGGCCCAAUUUGUUGAUAUAAUACACACUGAUGCAGGAGCUUACGGCAGCAUAUAUGACAGUGGCACUGUAAACUUUAAACCGAAUUUUGGGCAUAGGGUACAACCUGGCUGUCCUUUACUUGUCCUUCCCCUUUCGCAAGGCGACUAUUGCAGUCAUCACAGGUCUUGGAGGUUUUGGGCGGAAACAUUGAAGAAUGAAACAGGUUUCUUAGCAGUUAAAUGUAACAGUGAUAUUGAUUUUAUAUUAGGAUUAUGUGACAAUAAAGACAUAGUACCUAUGGGACCUGCUACACCAAGGAAUACAACUGGCGUUUAUUACCUUCACACAAAUGCGAAUAGUCCUUUCGCCAAAGGAAUAGAAGGAAUAAACGGAACAGGAUUGGCAGAGAACAGAGCUUCACUAUAAAUGGAAUGAAACAUCGUACUACUUUAAUUAAAAAGAAAGUCUUUUCCCUAAAGAACCUGUUUAUAGAUUUGUUCAAUGUAAUAAUAAAAUGUAUUGCUUACUUAA